UGACAGCUGGAGGCGGCGGCUGCAGGUCUGGGACGUCAGUGGUUUUCUUAUAAGGCUAAGGAAAUCACAAGGCAAUGUCAAUGAGUAACCAAGAUCUAGAUCCAGAUAGUACUACAGAUGAAGAUAUUACAACUGCUAAGGAAGAACUUAUUAAAAAAUGUGAAGAAAUGUGGAAAGAUCUGGAAGAAUAUCAGAAUAAAUUAUCACUUAUUGGAACCGAGACACUCACUGAUUCAAAUGCUCAGCUGUCAUUAUUAAUUAUGCAAGUGAAAUGUUUAACUGCUGAACUCAGUCAAUGGCAGAAAGAAACUCCUGAAAUACUUCCACUGAGUGAAGAGGUCCUGGUAACAUUAGGAAAAGAAGAGUUCCAAAAAUUGAGACAUGAUCUUGAAUUGGUACUAUCUACUAUUCAGUCAAAGAAUGAAAAGUUAAAGGAAGACUUGGAAAGGGAGCAACAAUGGUUGGAUGAACAGCAACAGAUAUUUGAAUCUCUUAUUGCACUACACAAUGAAUUGAAACAUCAGAUUGUGACAGAAUCAAGAACCUUUAAAGAGCUGAAAACUAAACUACAUGAUGUAAAAGAAUAUAAGGAGAAACUAUUGGUUACCUUGAGUGAGUUUCUAGAAGACCACUUUCCUCUGCCUGAUAGAAAUGUUAAAAAGAAAAGGAAAAAUACUCAAGAAUCAAAUAUACAGCUGAUAACAUUGCAUGAAAUGUUAGAGAUUCUUUUAAAUAGAUUGUUUGAUGUUCCACAUGAUCCAUAUGUCAAAAUUAGUGAUUCUUUUUGGCCACCUUAUAUUGAGCUGCUCCUUCGUAAUGGAAUUGCUUUGAGACACCCAGAAGAUCCAAGCCGAAUAAGACUAGAAGCUUUCCAUCAGUAAAGAAUGGUCUGUUUUCCACAAGUACUUAAAGAAUCUUGUCACUCACAGAUAAAUGGAAACACUGAGUGUUACUUGGAUAAAGAAAAUAAUAUGCAUAUGAAAGCACGUAGUUCAUAUUCCUUCUAUCCUUAAAAUGACAGGUGCUGCCAUGUACUAUUUGUUUACAAAUGGUGUGUUCAAGUUGGUGGACAAGGAUACAAGUAAAAAUAUUCUAGACUUAAUUAUAAAACAUUUAAUGUACCUCUUACAGCGAUAUUUGGAAAAUUCUUAGUUAAUUUGUGAUAUUGCUUGAGCCAUAAUUUUUGAAAAAUUUAUGACAGUUUCUUUUAUGCAUUUUGAGUUCUGUUUGUUGCUUAACUCUGUUAAAUUUAGGGAUUAUAAUAAAAAGGCCAUUUAAUAUGCAGAUGGUUUUAAAAUUCACUUGGUAUAUGUAGAAGGAAGCAUAAUUUAAAAGUAUUUAGUAAAUAUGCCUCAUGUAUACUGUCUUAUUUCUAGAUUUGUUAAAAAUUGAAAUAUAAAAAAACACACAAAUGGAUAAAAGUAGAAAACUCUUUUAAUGUAUAUCACAUAUCAAGUGAUAUAUAUUAAACCAUUCGUCUGUUCAUUAUUACUAACAAAAUUGUGUUAAUAAAAUUUUGUUUAUCUUUGUGACAUUUCUGUAAAUAAAAUUCUCUUACCUAAAAAUA